UAGCACGUUUCGAUACAGGAAGUCUUGAAACUUUUUGGCGUAGUGGUAAACUUGUUAUUUGCAUAACAUGCAGAAGCUCCGUGUAUAGAUACGCCUGCCAUUUGUAUGUGUGGGUGGUAUAAGAUGGUUAGAAAGUGGUCAAGUUAAUAUCGACAAGCAGACCCCCCCCCUCCCCUCAGGAAAUAUGACGAGUGUGUAAGGUGGAUAUAUGCGACAAACAGAGCUGUUAGGUUCAGUCGCUGUCACUUUCAGACUGUUGUGUUACUGGACUGGCGGAAGGUGAACAUCGACAUGUGGGAACAGGAGGAAUUUGCGAAACACUGGAGGAAUGAAUUUCCUGAUGGUGAAGUGCCGCAAAUGGACUUACACUCUGUCGAGGACAUAGAGUCGGAGCUAGAGACAUGUAAAUCCAACCUGAAGAGGCUCCAGAAGGCUCUGGCGGAGGAGAAAUUCAAGGUGAUUUACCUGCAGACCACUAUGGUUCGACAGAAGAAAAACGAUCCGGAAAGGUUUGAAGGUAAAGAUGAAAACUUCAACGCAGACACAUCUGGUCUUUCUAAGACGGGAAAUGUUAGGAAACCGCUGCGGCGGGACGAUGAGAAUGACGGGGAGAGGACCAAGGUGUCCGACUCUGGAGGCGUGAAGCUCCACACGGCAGGUAGCACAGCGGGGGUCACCAGCUCCUUCGGCCGGGAACGGAGCAGGUUUAGCGGCAAGACAGGCAAACCCGUCCCCAUCCCUGUCCCGCCACGGAAACCCAACUACCCGAAAGGGGACAUGGCUCCUAUCACCGUCUCUCAGCCGAAUGAUAACGAGGAGAGCAGCGACCGGGAAUACGAGGAUGCGGAGCUGAAUGCGAAUUUCGUCAGGAAUAACUUGUUAACACCCAAGUCCAUCGGCAUGGACAUUCAGAGGAGCUACCGGGACACCCGGCGGCCUUUCCGUCACAGCAGGGACUUUGAUUCUGGCGACGACGGCAGGCUGUCUCCGUCCUUUCCGCAGAUUCACCGCAGAGCCUCCCGCGGUUCCGGGUGCAGCACCCCUGACAGGAGAAGUGAUGGGUAUCUGAGCUCCGACCAUGAAGACUCUUCUUCUGCAGACUUUAACUACAACACAGAUGGCUAUGAGGGGGACGGGGCAGAGGAUGGAAAGUCUCAGGAUGGCUCCGAGACGCUGCCAUACAUAGAUGAAUCGCCCACCAUGUCGCCUCAGCUGUGUGCACCCCAAGGGCCCGACAGAGAAACGGUCUCCCCUACGCCACCAGAGAGCUUGCUUUCCGGGCGAGACAUAGAGAAAGGCCUGGAGAUGAAGAAACUGGUGCUGUCUGGCUUCUUGGCCAGUGAGGAGAUCUACAUUAACCAGCUGGAGGCCCUGCUACUGCCCAUGCGUCCUUUGAAAGCCACUGCCACAAGUUCCCAGCCUGUCCUCACCAUCCAGCAGAUAGAGACCAUUUUUUACAAAAUCCAGGACAUCUUUGAGAUCCACAAGGAGUUCUAUGAUGCCCUCUUACCCAACAUCCAGCAGUGGGAUGAGAAGGUCACCGUGGGACAUUUGUUCCAGAAGCUGGCCAGUAGGCUGGGAGUGUAUAAGGCCUUUGUGGACAACUACAAGGUGGCGCUGGAGACAGUGGAGAAAUGCAGCCAAGCCAACAGCCAGUUCCAGAAGAUAUCUGAGAACCUUAAAGUAAAAGGUCCCAAAGACUCGAAAGACUGUCUCACAACUGUGUCAUUGGAGGCUCUCCUAUACAAGCCGAUUGACCGUGUCACAAGAAGCACCCUGGUCCUUCAUGACUUGCUGAAACACACUCCUAAGGACCACCCAGACUUCCCCCUCCUGCAGGAUGCCCUGCGGAUAUCUCAGAACUUCCUCUCCUCCAUCAAUGAGGAGAUCGAUCCACGCAGGACCGCUGUCACUACGCCCAAGGGAGAGGCUCGUCAGCUGGUGAAGGACGGCUUCCUGGUGGAGGUGUCGGAAAGCUCUAGGAAGCUACGGCACGUCUUCCUGUUCACUGAUCUGCUGCUCUGUGCCAAGAUGAAGAAGACAGCUGUAGGUCGUAACCAGCAGUAUGAGUGCAAGUGGUACAUCCCUCUCGCAGACUUGACAUUCCAGACACUGGACGACUCGGACUCUUGCCCCAGCAUCCAGGUCCUGCCAGAGCAUGAGAUUGAGGAGAUGAAGAUCAAGAUAUCAGUCUUAAAGAGUGAUAUACAGAAAGAGAAGAAAGCACCAAAGGGUCAGAGUCGUGUGGAGCGCCUGAGGAAGAAGAUGAAUGAGCAGGAGUCAUGGCUGCUCCUGCACUCACCCACUAUCCCCUUCCGCAUUCUCAACAAACAUGGAAAGAGCUACCUCUUCCUGCUCUCCUCUGACUAUGAGAGGUCAGAGUGGAGGGAAAGCAUCCAGAAGCUUCAGAAGAAAGAUCCCCAGCCGUGUGUAUUAAGUUCUGUCGAGCUCCAGGUUCUGACCAGCUCCUGCUUCAAACUCCGAACCGUCCACAACAUUCCUGUCACCAGUAACAAAGAUGAUGAGGAGACUCCCGGCCUGUACGGCUUUCUGCAUGUGAUCGUCCAUUCUGCCAAAGGAUUCAAGGAGUCGGCCAAUCUAUACUGCACUCUUGAAGUGGAUUCAUAUGGAUACUUUGUCAGCAAGGCCAAGACCCGAGUCUUCAGAGACACCAUAGAGCCACAGUGGAAUGAAGAGUUUGAAAUUGAGUUGGAGGGCUCCCAGUACCUACGGAUCCUGUGUUACGAGAAGUGUUAUGACAAAAGCAUGCUCAACAAGGAUGACAACGAGAUUGUGGACAAAAUCAUGGGCAAAGGGCAGGUCCAGCUAGAUCCUCAGACAGUGCAGUCCAAGAACUGGCACAUGGAUGUCAUAGAAAUGAACGGGAUCAAAGUGGAAUUCUCCAUGAAGUUUACAAGUCGGGACCUUAGCUUGAAGAGAACACCAUCCAAAAAACAGAGUGGGGUGUUUGGAGUCAAAAUCAACGUGGUGACAAAGCGUGAACGCUCCAAGGUGCCUUACAUAGUCCGUCAGUGCAUUGAGGAAGUGGAGAAAAGGGGGAUUGACGAAGUAGGAAUCUACAGGAUCUCAGGGGUGGCCACUGAUAUCCAGUCCCUCAAAACAGCGUUUGACACUAAUACCAAAGACAUCCUGGUCAUGCUGAGUGACAUGGACAUUAACGCCAUAGCAGGGACGCUAAAGCUGUACUUCAGGGAGCUACCAGAGCCUCUGCUCACCGAUCGCCUCCACCCCGCCUUCAUGGAGGGCAUAGCACUCUCAGACCCAGCAGCCAAGGAGAACUGCAUGAUGCAUCUCCUGCGUUCCCUGCCUGACCCCAACCUCAUGACCUUCCUCAUUCUGCUGGAGCACCUUAAACGGGUGGCUGAGAAGGAGCCCAUCAACAAGAUGUCGCUGCAUAACCUGGCCACUGUGUUUGGCCCCACUCUGCUCAGGCCCUCAGAGUCAGAGAGUACAAAGGGACACCACAUCACCUCUGCCUCCGACAUCUGGUCACAUGAUGUCAUGGCACAGGUCCAGGUGCUGCUCUACUACCUGCAGCAUCCUCCCAUCUCCUUUGCUGAACUGAAGCGCAACACACUUUACUUUUCCACUGACGUUUAAUCACCACCCACCUUCCUCAGGGCGGCACCUGGAGACAAGAGAGUCAGAGACUCCAUACAAACCUUGGUCCCCAACACGCGGUGCUCCCGCCUCACCUCUCCUCCCAGCAGGCAGCUCGUCUCAACUGUACAGCCCCCUCCUCCACACCUCUCCUGCUUACAUCUCCAAACCACCACCCCCCAACCUUGAAAAGAGACGAAGCUGAACCUGUAGGGAGGUGCUGAGAGAGAUUUUGUCUAGUAGCCACGUAUCAUGUCCUGUUUGUAAUAUGAGGAGAGCCGAGCCCCCCACCCCGACAAAGCGACGAGGCUUUCUGCGACCACAAUGGGAAGGAUGGGGGGUCCGAAGGCCACCGCUGGCAUGAGACCGCACAAUCCCUGCUAAAUGUGUGUGGUGGUGUCUUUUUGUUAGCCCUUGUUAGACACUGGUUUAAUGAUCUCCAAAAGCAAAAGGCUCAGGCUCCAGCUUGUCUAUCAUGAUCCAAAGCAUUCAAGAGAAAUGAUAUUUACAUGUAUGAUAAUUCUGUUCAACAGCAAGUUUGG